AUGAAUUCCAGAGUGUGCGGUGUCCUGAUUUUAUUCUGGUUGCAUUUGCUGUUUUAUUGGGCAACCACUGUGGCGGAAGAAAGAGUUGCUGCGUCCAGAGAAUUCUUGGGCUACAGAGCAGUCUCGACGAUUCAGAAAUAUUGCACCUGUAAAGAGUCUUAUUCUUGCUCUUGCUGCCAAAGCGUCGUCAUUUUGUACACUAAAAUCGAGAAGAAUCUUUGCGUUAAUUUCUCCUAUAAAAGGAACGCUUUAAACCUCGACGUGACGCUGAAUUCGGAUACUAUAAGAGCCAGAACAGUCACGGAUUACAAGCCAUUGAAGUUCUGCACUAAUAUACCCGGAUGUUAUUUCUCGUCUGCGUGUAUAAAUGUAUUGGAACUCAAUGAAUUUCCCAGAUCGAUCACCGUUUGCCUUCGAAUGGACAUCGUCUCGAAGAAACGAUUAUGGCAAUUAAAUUACGACUGCGUCAGCGUGUCAACGGAGAUGCCCAUGAUGCCGACUAAUGGAACGAUGCAAAUGACGAACGGUACGCAAGGAAUGGGAGGAAUGUCGACGACGAUGAAGGCUGGAAUGACAUCGGCAAUGUCCACUAAUCAAAUGACGAUGGGAACAACGAUGACAGGGGCGAUGAUGACUACGACUAUGGCGACGACGAUGGCAACAACUAUGGCAACGACAAUGCCAACGAUGACGAUGAAGACCGUGGUAGAAACUGAAGGGAUUACUACACCACGAGACGUUGAAGUUCUAACUGAAGCAGGAAGUGAAUUGACAACAGUAGUGGAUAUCGAUUAACAAUUAUUG